AUGAGUGGGGAGGCUCAAGAAAGGAAUGUCGUCAUGGAGGAAUCUAAUGUUGGAGCUCAGAAUUCUGAUGACACUCUUGUAGUGUUAGAAUUCUCACCUAAAGCUCCUGCUGAAACUAAAGAAUGGCUGACAGCACUUAUAAAAGCUCCAGGUGUGUUUGUUAUUAUUUGUCCUACAUGUAAUUCUAACAGAAACUUUGAUGGACUGUUUCCUUGCCUGUUUAGAGUACAGAGAAAUGUUGUAACAUAACAACAUAGUUGCCUUGUUGCUUGUUUCUUCUUCAAAAUUUAAGGGCUACUUUGGACAGCAUUGUUAUUGACUAAUCUUGCAAAGAUUUUAAAGGGGGCAGUGGUUCUAUUCAUUAACCCGUUAAGUCCCAAUAUCCACAAACAAGUUCUCUAGACCAUCAUCAACCUAAUUAAUACAUUAACUCCAUGGGUUUCAAUAAGCACUGACGUCUGACGAAAUGUGCCGGCUACUUUGCUCAGAGAAGUCGGCUACUUUUUUCUAGAAAGAAGGAGCAACUAGUUUGAAUAAUGUUGUAACCAAAAAGUGCAUCAGAAAAUCUGAAUGAAAACGUAAUUAUGUGUUUUCAGAAUGGCCCACUUGUUUAUACUUAAGUCAUGUGAAUGCUGUGUUUCAGCCAUUUUUUUUACAAGUUUCUUAGGUUUAGGCAGAAUUUGUUUGCAUGCAAAAGUAUUUAGAUAAUCAUCAUUUGUUCAUUGGUUGUAGGAAUUGAUUGUGUGGCUGAUAGAUCGAAAAUUAAAUGAAAGCUACAUUCUCUUGAAAAGAAAAAAAGAACCACGCUCUUUUGUCCUCAGUUUAUUCCCCAGAAUGCUGGAAAUUCCUUUUAAGGCUUUGAAAUUUCAACAUUUUUUUGGGAAGCACGCCCCAGCUCCCCUCCCCCCUAGAAAAAGCGGACUAACGGCCUCUUGUUGAUACAGUCAGUUACUCUAUGCAAACCUGCUGGCUACUUCAAUCUUUAUUGAAACCCCUGAACUCAAAGAAUUAGUUGCGAGAAUUUGUUUAAAGAUCAAAGCAUUUUAUUUAAGUAUUUUACAUUGUUAGGAGAAAUUUGAUGUUAGUUGCUCCUUGAACUUAAAAAGGUUGACCAUAACUUGGCUGGUUGUUGUUUCUGUGUAGUCAGCAGUGGAGGUGCUGGGCUCAAGACAAAGCUUGUUGCAAAUGCUUUAAAGAACUGCGACACCCUGCAUAUUUCUGCAGACACCAAGCGUCUUCUUGCUGGUGCUGAGAAACUAAAAAUCAAAAAGCGCCAUAAAUCUGGAGCUAUAAUGGAUUUCUGUUUAGAACAGCGCAAGGAAUUCAAAGACUUUGUUAAUGAUGGUGAAGAAUUUUUGAUGGUGAGAGAGAAGGAGCGUAUUAUUUAUGUUGCACUGGAGAGCAUCAAAACUCAUGAAGAUGGAACUGUUCCUGGUUAUAGUGACGUAAAGAUGUAUAAAAACAGGGCCCUUAGUAAGUACAUGUAUUCAAUAUUGUCUGACUUGCAGGAGACAAAGUGGUGACUCUUAGUCAAUAGCCCAUGAGGCUGAAGUAAAAUCCAACUAGUUGGUCAACAAUAUCGAGACGAAACAACCUCAGCUAGUUGAAGCUAGACUUUAACCCUUUUUUCUGACAAAAAGCGGGCGCUUUUCGCUACUAGUGGGCUAUAACAUAUAGCCUAGUAGUAGCUCAACCAAUCAGAAUACAGCAUUGAUAAUAGACCACUAGUUGGAUUUUACUAACGAGUGAUAUUUUUGGUCAAUGUCUAAUAGAUACCCUGGGAGGGGGGACUGGGGGGAUGGGGGGGUCACUCAAGGGACGUUUGGUAGAGGUGAACCACUGCAGAAGCCUUCAAACCCUGACACUGUUAAAAAGAAAAUUGUUCAUUUCUCUACCCUGUUUAAAUCACAAGAGCUUUUUUCAUGGCCCUGAUUUAUUUCGUUUCCUAUACAGAAUUAAGUAUUUUUUUAAAGUAACCUUGUGGAUAAUAGAUUUUUUUCCACACAUGUAGACUGCUCAUUACCAACACUCACACUCUUUUGAAGGCCUCUGGUUUAAAAAGACCCCCAAUUCAUGAUGCUAAAUAGUGAAAUUGUAGACACUGUUAAAGACUGACAAGACACUGAAAAUCACACCCUGCUCUGUACCAAUUUAGGCCAAAUAAGGGAGUGCCUCCACCCUCAUCCUGAGUUAUUACGUUUCUAAUUACAGGCACGGUUAUCUCAACAACUUAGGCAAUAAACAUUGUUCAUGAUGCUUGCUGUUUCUGCAUUUGCUGGAGGAUUGAUAUUGUUAAAGCAAUGUCAAGGGUUAAAAAAUUUUAACCUGAAUCUAAUUUUAACCUGUCACAUUUCCCCCUCCCCCCCUCCCCUUCCAAAAAAAAAAGAGAACCCUCGUCCACCCAUAUUUUAUCAUUGUACUACAUACUUCCCCAUUUUUGUGUGCAUCAUUGGCUCAAGUUGGUUGUAAAUACAUCAUAGCAAUCAUGGCCAUUUCCCUGAAUAGGCUUAUAAGAAGGAGCUGAUGAACUUUGCACGGGUUAAGGGAACUUACCAGUGUAUGAAUGAAAUAAAUAAUGUAAUUUCCAAUUUAAGUCAAUGCCAAGAAUGAUAAAUUAUUAUUUCCAUUUUCUGUUACAUGUACAUGUAUUUUGAUAAGCCAUCAAUUUAGAAAUGAUUCAUAAAAGAAUGUUGACUGACAUGCAGAAUUGCACUUAAAUCAGACAUUUAUUGAUUCUCCUUUCACAGUUCCAAGGUGCAUAUCCAAGGGAAUUGUUACCCAGAUCUUUCCUCUCCACGACCAUGAAAAACUUAAAGUCUUGGAACACAAGUGGUAUCUGAGCUUCUCCAGAAAACAACCUCUAGGUAAGCUGACUUUGCGGUCCUGUCCUGAGGCUGUCCACAAUAUGGAGAGUGGAGUGUAAUUGGGUUGAACUCUAUCUUGUGGCACACUUCUAAUCAAUAGUUUCCUGUGUGUGGUGUUUGUAAGUAGCUUUAACACAUAUGUUUUCUUAGGGGUCAGAUUAGUUUAUUGCAAGUGUUUGUUUUGAGUGGCCCAAAUAAUCAGAGAGUUUAAGCAAUGAUAAUGACAGGAGCAAAAACAUGUCUUAAAAUUACUAAAGGAAUGAAAUUUCACUCUAUAAACUUCAUUACAAUAAUAUUAUUAUUCAGUCUCACUUUGUCAAAGUAGGUGAACUUUCCUGAGAUAGCUGAAUUCUUAGGGUCAGGAUUCACAAGUUCAAAGAAGAGAAAGAAUUACGUUUGUCAUCAUACGCUCACAUCGUCUAUUCAGUGUCACUGUACUAACAUUGCUUUUUGGUGUUCUUGUUGAAUUUGCCAUCAUUGCUUCUUGCUGUGGUUGCCAAUAGGCUCCCUUUUAUCAUGGCAUCUUUACUUUAGAGAUGUGUACCAUCUUUUAGCUUUUCCAAAGGCAGAUAAUGAUCUUUUUCAGGAAGAAAAGAGAAAGGGAACUUUCUCUCUAAAAUACUGAUUUUUUCUAUCUAAGUUCUAAGGAUUGUUCACGCUUAAGUUGUUUGGGCCUCAACCUACAAUCAGUGGAAAAAUUGUUGAGGUCCUCAAAUUGGGUAACUUGGAGAACAAAACAAUCCACACCCCUCCCCCCCCCAUCCAUUCAAACAUGGGGUGUUUGUUUUUUCUACAGUUAGCGUGAACAGCGGCACAAUGUUGUAUGGAGGGGGUGAAGGAGGAAAGAUUUAUUUUCCCCUAAGUUGGCAAAAUGUCAGAGACGCGCUUUAGGCAAAGUUUCUGAACUAGUUUUGUUGCCAGUUGUAGGUAACUGCACAGUUCACAAUAUAGCUGUUAAUUUCCCAAUGAACUGUACAACAUGACACUGUAAAAUUACCAUGAAAUUGUCACUGAGUCUUUUCUUUUUUAUAAUCCAUGUCCUGCAGUUUGUUUAACAUUUUCCUUUCCGACAUAAUUCUCUUCUCCAGAUGACAUACGUGAAUACUUUGGAGAGACCAUAGCGAUGUAUUUUGGAUUCUUGGGUUUUUACUCCAUGUGCCUUGUUCCACCAGUUUUGUUAGUUGUUGUCUUUGCUCUGUCUGGAGCACAUGAACAAACAAAGAAUACAGUGUUUGCUAUCUUGAACCUUGUCUGGGGUACUGUCUUCUUGGAGGCAUGGAAACGUCGCUGCUCUGAGAUCUCCUUUAGAUGGGGGACUCUAAAGUCAGGCAUAGGUGAGUGGAUGUAAACUUUUUUUUACAGUGGAAAGUGCUCUUAGCUUGUCCAGCUGGUUUACAGGCACUUCACUCAAAUACUUAGAAACAAAUGAUUCAAAUAUAACCCAACAUAAUUAAAAACCCCAAACUGGCAGGAGGCAACCAGUUGGUUAUUUACAAGUGAACUUUACAAGUGAACUGUUUUACUCCUAGAGGUGGCCAAAGUUAGAAAUUCAGAUUUCUUUUUGUAAAAUCCUUAGAUUUAAAAAGCACCAAGUAAAUGUUCUGCAAAAAAGGUUUUAUUUGAAUGGUAGUACCAUGCGAUUUAACCACAGAUGGAAAACUUUAAAUUUCAAGUCAUUGCUCAUAACUCAUUCCUAUGAGUGCAGUAGUGUAGCCAAGGAAAAGCUAAGAAUUUUUUACUCAACUUUAACUUCAAAAUUUGUUUUCCAGAGCAAUUUGAACCAGUGGUUUACAAGCUCUCCUUUCCACCCUCUCGAUCUCUUAGCCACAUCCUUGGGAGGGAAAGUGUAGUUUACUAUUUGACCUGGGCUGUUCUGUUAUGUACUGAGGGUGGUUGUGGUUCACUGGUUAGCCACCCUCAAAAAUAAGAAUUUGAAAUUCAAGUUUAAUGAUUAUUCAGAGAGUGUUUAAAAAAAUGUUCAUAUUAUGUUUAAAAAAUUUAGUGAAAAAAUUGAAGUAGCUUACCAUUAUCUAAGAGAAGAAUAAUUUCCAAGCAAUGUAGUGUGGAGAAAAAGGGAAGUCAUUUCAAUAAAUUGAAAUUCAGUACAAACAAGGAAAAAUGAAAUGCAAAUGAACAUUUUUGCAUAAAAUGGUUUUCUGCACUCUUUUUCAUGAAUUAGGCAAUGGGAAGAAAUAAAUUUUAUUUUAAAUUUGCAAUUUAGGCACAGAGGAAGUUGAGGAGCCACGCCCAGCCUACUGGGGUGAGAAGCGCACCAGCCCAAUCACAGGACAAACAGAAUACUACUACCCACCAUGGAAAAGAAAGAUAAAGACCUACUGUGUGUCUUACCCAAUUGUCUUCUUCUGCUUGAAGAUUGCAACUGUGGUUAUGCUUUUAAAUUUUAAAUUCCUUGAUGCUGUUGAGGCCAGAUAUAAUGAUGUUGGGGGAAUUUUUGCCAGCAUCAUGCUUUCAUUACCAAGUAUUGUGUACGCAAUUGCAAUUGCUGUGUUGAAUAACCUGUAUCAUCAACUGGCGACUUUCCUGACAGAAUGGGGUAGGUUGUAAACUUCUGUUCAUCCUUUAGUUUGGUGUCCCUGUGAUCUGCCAGACAAAAAUUAUGUAGGGAUCCAAAUUUUGUGUCUCAAUAGUAUCCUCAUUUAGGGACGUUAUGUUAUGUUGGAAGUGAGAAUUGCACUUGUCUUCAGGGGAUCCAAGGACUUUUCAUGGAUUUUAAUUGACUCGAAGUGCAAUACUUUACAAAUACAUUUUUUCACGAGAACAAUUCGGUCAAGUUUGGAAGUUUCUUGACAAACUUUGCAGAGCACAACGCUAGUUGCUUCAGCUUUUGUGCUUGGUGGAAAGCUAAACAGUAGGCAUUGGCUUGGAUGUCAAAUAAAAAAAAUUCACAUAAGUUAGUCAUUCGAAGAUGAGUUUUUGUGUUAUAAUACUCGUCGGAACAAUGUUAUUGUCAUCUCGGACAACCUGACGACCACUACUAUGGAUCCCUGUCAAAAUAUAAAUCAUUGUACCUCUGUGACUGAGUAGGAAAGUCAAAUUUUAUAGAAGCUUGAUUAUCAGUAAUGACUAAGAGACUACAGUAUUUAGUCAAUCAGCCUGCUUUCAGUUCUUGCAUAAUUUAGUCCCUCUUUUUCCUUUUUGCAGAAAAUCACAGGCUGCAGUCAGCUUUUAACAACCAUCUUAUUGUCAAGUUGGUUCUUGUGAGUACAAGUACAUAAAAUUACACCAGCCACUUUCAACAUAAUUUAAUAUUAUAGUGUUUUUGACAAGGUGCUUGGUCAAUCUGCCCUGCGAAGGGAGCUCUCAAAAUGUCCGUUUUUGUUAUGGUGUACCGACACAUCUUCAACCGAAACAACUUUUUCAUUUGGUGCCAAUUUUGGUUUUACAUUGUACCAGUGUCACAGUUUAUAACUCUUUUAUCCAUUUGCUCCCUAGCCUGCAUGGCUCUUGCUUGAAAGGGACAGGGAAAGGGGAAUCGGUGACCGGUCGCUUCGCCUACGCGUUUCGGUAACGUCCCGUCUGCUAACAUCUCAAGUCGUUUCGCUUACGAAAAGAAAAAAUAGAAAGAGCGGUACACAUGUAUACUGGAUAUAUACAUCGAGACUCGAUUCUCGAGACGCGAGACUCUAUCCUCGAAAGUUUCGAGAAUCCGGAGGAUCGAGACGCGAGUGACUGUCAACUUACUUUUGAGCGGUACUGUAACUCUUUCUUUCAGCCAUGACAUGGGAAAGUCCGAUACACAUGUGUAUAUGUCGUUCUUUAAGCCUUUAAUUAGGCAAAAAAGGUUAGGCCACCGAUCUAACACCAUGGCGAAAUGACUUACAAUGUUUGCGAUAAGGACGUUGGCGAAACAACUCGUAGACGAAACGCCCUUAAAUCGCAAAAUCCACCAUGUGAGAAUAUGAAAGGCAUGAGAUGAAGGAAAGCGGGUUCUAUCCUUGCACUCACAUAAAAAUAAAUGUAAAAUGAUACUGCCACAUUGUUUGGUUUAAUUGUCUACAAUAUUGGUUGGUUAAACCUGAAAAUCAUUGUUGCUGAAUAAACAGGAUUAGAAUCAUAGUACCUCCUGUUUGUCGAAUUCUUGAAGGGUCAUCAAAUGCAGCUCGAGCCCCACCUUGAUUGGUUUCCUUUGUGGUUUCCAUGGAAAUGUUUCUGUGGAGCAUCCUCAACAAGCCUUGAAUCUAUUAUUUAACAAUUAUUCCACGAGUGCGUGUUGGAUAUGAGUUGGCUAUAAUCAUCUUAUAUCCAACAAAAGAGUGGAAUAAUUGUUUUAUUAAAAAUGCCAACAAAAUAUCUAAAAUUUUUCCCGACUUUAUUUGCAAAAACAACCGAUUUUCAGCUUGUUUUUAAUUUUGAGCAGACGCGUACAGUUGCCAUAUUUGGAGAGCAUGGUAUAGUGGCUCAUAUACCAUGAUGGCUUAGCCAAUCAGAGCUCUACAAUGCAUUAUCAAAUGAUUCAGUGUUUAAUACUUAUCAUUAGAACAUCUUCACCUUAGUUGUUUCAUUAACUGUGUUUUAUAUAUAUUUUUUUAUCCUAGUUCUACUUUGUGAAUUGUUUCUACUCGCUUUUUUACAUUGCAUUUUAUCUACAAGACAUUGAUCUUUUGCAAAGGGUAAGUUGGAACAGACCUAUUAAUGUCGUUAUCACAGGAUCAUGAUUCAUACUUUUGUUUUCAACUAUGAUGACUUGGAAACAGGGAGCUAUUUGAUAUAACUUUUAUAAGUGAAAUUUACAAAUGUAGGUAUUAUUUUAGAGUUUGAACUUGUGACGUUAUAGGAAAUGGACCCCAUGCUUCUUGGUUCCGAUAACUGAACUGAGGGGAGAUUAGGUAGAGGAAAUGGAGGAUGAAGACCUGUGAACAAACCAUUGAUACUGCCAUCCUAUUUCCAAGCAAAGCCAAACAGCUCACUUGAAAUUCUACGUUAGUAAUUUGUUUUACCGAGAUUGAAGAUUUGUUUUAGCUUUGAGAAGAAAUCCAUUUUCGUAUUUCUGAAUCGUUUGGUUGACUUAUAGAGCGCCACAUAAAAAAAGGUCGUUUCGGUCCAAAACUUUACAGAUUAUUCCAGUUCAGCUGAAAAAUAAAACGUGUACUAAUAAUAGGAAUUAAAACGUUUAUCAGCAGAGGCUUUUUUUUUUGCAUGUAGCAGUAGGUGCUAGUGCGGAAUAGUGGCCCCUUCUUACAGGGUCAGGUGAUCUAAUUCCUGGCUUUCAACCCAGAACUCAUUCAACAAAUUACCGUUUUUUGUUCUCUCCAGCACUUGGCUGCUUUAAUGAUUACGUCGCAGCUGAUUGGUCAGGUGACCGAGUCUCUGAUCCCUUACGUCAUGUUUAGAAGCCGUGUUACCAAGGUUACCAAGGAGGGAAAGAAAAUUGUAAUGAAGUCAGCUGACUUGUCUGACAUCGUUGAACGACAAGCAACUCAGGAACAGUACUUGGUAUGUUAUCGUAAAUAGCUAUUACUGCAACCUCGUCCCCAGGGUUUAAAAGAGCUGUAUCAUGCAUUUUUACCAAAUUCUGCCUCUUUGACUUAGUGGCCGCGCAAUUGAGCGGGGUAUACCCAAUAAUCCCGGGUGGGGGGAGGGGGGGGGGUACUCCCUAUAAGGGAGGCUCCGCUCAUAAGGGGUACCUUUUUCAGGCUUCGGGUGUAUAAAAGGGUAGGGAUUUCAUCAGUUGAAGUACAUGACAGGUUGGGGAAAUCUGUCAUUUCAGUCCGUAAAAGGACCAAAGAGGGCUAAAAGAUGAGUUUGAAAGAGGCAAGAAAACUUUUCAGUUUAGUGAUUUAUUCGUAUUAAAAGGCCGAGCAUUUAACGCCGUUAAAAGGGAUGCCGUGUUCUAAAAUAGGUAGUCAAAGGGUCAUUUUUUUUAUCAGUGUAAGGUAUACGAAAGGGGUACCGUUUCUGUCAAAAAUGGUAUAUAAAAUGGUAAGGAGAAGUUGGGCCGUAUAAAACGCUUGCAUCUUGCACCUUGCACCUUGCACCUAUCCCGUAGUCAUGGUGACCGUUGGUUCGCCACGGACAUAGCAGCCCUCUCCCUACAUUUAGUUUUGUUUUCAGCUUCUCUUAGGGCGUUGCAAGACUUCAACCCUGUCCACUCAGAGAUAUUAUUCUCCCAACGGAAGGAGGGGCCGACAAAAAAAACGUUUAAGAAACAGUUACGGGACAUUUAAACGUCCCAAUGAGGUUUUCAUUACACCGGUAAAAAAAUUUUGAAAACUUGUUCCAGUUUAAUGAGAAACCAAAGGGAACGAAUAUAUCUCGAGGCACUUGAAAGCUUGCUCUAAUAAUUACGUUGAUUUAGCUUCAGAAACAUUAUGUAGUUUCUUUCCUCAGGGCACAUUUGCUGAUUAUCUGGAACUGUUCCUUCAAUUUGGUUAUACUUUCCUAUUUUCCUCUGCCUACCCCAUGGCCGCUUUUUGGGCGUUAUUAAACAAUGUGAUUGAGCUUCGAACAGAUGCUUUCAAGAUGUGUCGCAUCUUCCAGCGACCGUUUGCUGAACCCGCAAACUCCAUUGGCGCCUGGCAAGUGAGUAUUUCUCUCCUUUCUAGCCGGCAUAUCAAUUUCAUCGUCAACCACAACGCCGUUAAUGUCAGGUGACAAGACACUGCAGGGCUGCAAAUUAUUAUUUUUCCUUGUGAGGGAAAUUUUCAACUCAAGCAAAAUUUUGGUCAGACAAGACAAAAUUAUAUUGUCGGACAUUACUUAAUCUUGAUUUUUUUCCUCUGUUUGAUCAUAAAGUUAUGCUAUGUUUAAUUACUCAGGACAGAUGAAAAAUUGUUAAUUGUCAUUGAUGAUUUGAAAGCCGGACAUAAUGUCCGACCAUUGUUGAGAUUUUUAUUAUUGGAUGUGGGAAAAUUUUGGGCGGCCAUUACCCGGUGACCGAAUGUUACUUGCAGCCCUGCAUUGCAAAGUCAUCAUUUGGCCUGUCUUAAUAAAAUCUCUUUUUUCUUUAGUCAAAUUGUCUAAGGCGGAGCACUUCCGUCGUCCACCCUAACACAUGGGUUAUUUUGAAGAUUCUGGAAGUUGCUACGCCUCCUUGUUGCGUGAGAAUCUUGGCGUUUUGACUUUCAAGACAGUCGUUGUCAUUUCCUCUCCUCCUGGCAGGAGGAUGCAAACCAACCGUACCCCCUCAAAUGGAUGGAAAUCCAGCUUACGUAACUGACUAGGCGCUUAGUGCGAUUUUCGGCGAUAGUCGCGGGGCAAGGGGUCAUGUAAAUUUUUGGUGUGCAGCGGGAAGGAUCAUGGGAAAGCUUUAAAAGCGCAAACCCAUUGCGCUGCGACUUGGGCCGACAAUCUCAAGGAGUGCCUCGGUACGAAGAAGAGAGCAGGCAGAUUGUCUUAAGAACUUAGGUCCCCUCCACUUUGUUGCGGAUUGGUCAACCCUCCAUACUUCUCCGAUAAAAUGAGUUCAUGGAAAAUGCUGCUUUUCUAUAACGCUCUCCGGAGUGGAAAGUUUUGAAAACCCGAUUUCUCUUACUCGUGCGGACAGUUGAAACGGAAAUUUUUGAAAAUGAUGGCGUAUAAGUGUCUGAUAUCGAGAGGGUUAUAAAGAUGUUUCACUGCCAUCUUGCCUUUUUUUCUUUAAAAUGUUUAAGCUUGUUAUUACAGAACACGACUUCAUCAGUAGGGCUACACCUUGUUUGAUCUGCGUUGCGUUGCUCGUAUAUUUUUCUAUUCGCCUUGAUUUCUGUUUUCACGGUUUGUUACUGAAUUAAGUGUUUCCAUCAAAUGUUGUUUAUCAUUUCAGCCUGCAUUUGAAAUGCUUGGUGUUAUUGCCGUCAUCACAAACUGUGCGCUGAUUGGCAUGGCAGCCAAGAACUCUCAUUGGCUGCCUGAAAUGUCAACUGUUAAUGCCAUUCUGAUGUUUGUAGCUAUCGAGGUAAGAACUCGUUACAGCCUCCUAUGUGGCUGUUUUCUUUUACCUCUGCAGCGCAAAGAAGCGUGUGAUCGCAAAGGGAUCACUUGUGAACUUACCAAACAGCAAACAAACUGGAACGAAGUUAUGCGAUUGAUAUAGCUAAAGCGCGGAAGUUCAAAUAAAAUUCAAAUUCAAAUAUCUUAUUAUCCACUCCCCUCAGGGCUUUUCAGGGAUAAUUUACAACACUGAUUGGGGGACUUUGUCAGACUGCUUAAGGUGCAGUUUACAAGUAAUGAAGGAAUUAGUAAAAAUGCCCCCAUACAUGAGUGUGAAAGUGAGAUAGACCACUACACCGGGCACUACGUGCCCUACUCUUUACGAAGAUUGUGUGGGUUCUUUAACGUCCCACAGAAGAAGUUUAGGGAUAGAUUAAGAUAUCUAUACACAAAGCAAAGCGAAAGGAUUGCUAUUUAACAAGUGGUCAUUCUCUCUGACGUCACUCUGUUAUCAGCACUCUGGUUGGUCAACCGAACAGUGGCAUUUCAAUAUAAGAGUUAGUUUCAGCAUUAUUUUAACUUGUCGUUGCUAAAAGGACACUUCGAGAAAACGUCGGGGAAUAGGCUCGAUUACCAGCUACUGAGGAUGGCAGAGAAGGGUGAAACUCGAGCCUGAGGGCGUAGGGGAGGGUAUGGCCAUAUGAACCCCAGGGAAUAGCCUCGGUUACCUGCCGCUUAGCACCCCAGAGAGGGGCGGAAAUCGCGCUUGUGGGGGGCGGGUACGGCCACAAUUAGGCUACGUAUUCAAUCUCAGUAUUUGUUUCAUUGCAGCACUUUUUACUUGGAAUUAAGUUUGUGUUAGCGCUUGUUAUCCCGGAUGUACCACAGUGGGUACAAGAUGAAAUGGCUCGGCAACAGUACAAAGCUCAGCUUGCUCUGAGGGUAAGUUCUCACAAUCCUUAA